UACAUUUUAUCACCACAAACAUCUAAACAUCUGUUCCCCAACUCAGUGUGUGGGUGAUUGACUUUCACAUUCUGCAGACUUUUGUUUCACUUCCAUGAAAAGGAGUGCAUUCUUAAUAUAAAUACCUAGACCUAUCAUUUUACUUUCUUUGUGAAUGUAAAAGAUACAUAGCAUUGUGGAGUUUUGGACUGCAGAUCUUCGGUCAUGUUUGGACACAUGCUAUAUCUGGUUGUCAUACUGAAUCGGUUUAAUUUUUUGGCAGCUUUACAUGCUGAAUUCUAUCCAUGUGAAAUUCACACUACCAAGGAUGGACACAUGAAUGUGGACUGUCAGCGUAGGCGUCUUGCUAACGUCCCUAAAUUCACAUCCUUCUCUGUUACAUCACUUAACUUAAAUGAAAACCAUAUACACCACGUUAAAGGUGCCAUAUUUUCUGGAUUAGUCAAUCUCAAGCAUCUCAGCUUGAUGUGGAACUGUGUACCAGAUCAUUUUAAGGAGCAGAGAUGGCCUUCAUGCAGCAUGAAAAUUGACCCGAAAGCAUUUAGCGGACUUAAAAACCUAACUUCCCUGCAGUUAGCAGGGAACAGCCUGAAGACCAUUCCUCCACUACCAAAGCAGCUUGAGAUUCUGGGACUGGAAUUUAAUCACAUCUUUCAUAUUGUCAAGCCUUUAGGUACACCUCUACUGAAACAACUACUGCUAAACAAGAAUUGUUUCUACGCCAACCCAUGCUAUCAGUCUUACUUUAUUGACCCACGUGUGUUUCAAGAUCUCCCUGAGCUUUUGAACCUUACAAUCAGUUACAACAAUGUGACCAUUGUUCCCCCAUAUCUUCCACUUUCACUAGAAAGCCUAGACUUGGGAGAGAACAAGAUCACACAUAUCAAUAAAGAGUCAUUUGCAAAUCUUAAAAAUCUGAGACACCUUAACCUAGGGUGGAAUUGCCAAAGGUGUGACCAUGCUUCUGAGCCGUGUUUCCCAUGUCCAAACAACCAGUCUCUGAAUCUGCACCAGGAUGCAUUUUUGGAUCAAAGGGACUCUCUAAUCAGUCUAAGCCUGCGAGGCAAUUCACUGCAUACAAUUCCUCAGCAUCUCUUCGUACGACUCCACAAGCUCCAAGAGUUGGAUUUAUCAGACAACUUUUUAGCCUACGCCAUCCAGAAUGGCACCUUUUAUGAAGAGCUUCAUAAUGUUGUGUCCCUUAGUCUUCUUUAUAACUAUGAACCCCAGAAAUGCUUUUCUGAAUUGACUCUCUCACCAUCCAUAGCGAAAAUGACAGCUCUACGAGAAUUGUACCUGAGUGGACUAUUCUUCAGAGUACUGUCAAACCACAGCCUUGCCCCACUGGUCAAACUGCCAAGACUUGAGUCCCUGGAGCUACGCAUGAACUUCAUCUGCUCUGUUAGCAUGGAUGCUAUAAGCCAGCUGAGAACUUUAAGGUGGGUGGGCCUUUCCCAAAACAUGCUUUCUUUCAGUUCAUGCUUUUCAACCUGCACUGAUGAAGCCAUACCAAACAACUACCACAUUCUUGGAAAACAUGAAAACGGACAGCUUAGCUUGCAAACUCAGAAGGCCUUUCUACCAAGCUCAGUGCCGAACACUAUGCAGUACUUUGAAGAAAAUCACUGUUUUUUUUAUUAUUCUAUGUGGCAUUUCAAAAAGCAGAUCUGCUCUAAAAAUCUUUUUUUUGACCUCUCUCAAAACAACAUCCCAUGGCUGAAUUCAAGCACUUUUACAGGAAUGGAAAAAGUGGUUUGCAUAGAUCUGUCCUACAACUACAUAAGUCAAACUUUAAAUGGCCGGCAGUUCACACAUCUAAGCAAAUUAUCCUACCUUAAUAUGGCUCACAAUCGCAUUGACCUGUACUCUGACAAGGCCUUCCAGGAGAUAAGUGGCACACUAAAAGCUCUUGACCUCAGCAACAACGAAUUCCACUUUGUAAUGAAGGGUAUGGGACAUCGCUUCACAUUCCUUCCACGCUUAUCAUCUCUUAAAAUACUGAGUCUAGCAAAGAAUCACAUAGGUCUCAGAAUCUCUAACAUUCUUACUAGUACUUCUUUAAAGUAUCUUGAUUUCUCUGGAAAUCGUUUAGACAUAAUGUGGGAUUCCAAGCGUAACCAGUACCUACAUUUCUUUCAGGGUCUUACUAACCUUACACACUUAGACAUUUCUGAAAAUCAGCUCAAAUCAUUCCCCCCAGAGGUAAUCGUAAACUUGCCUCCUAGCCUCCAGAUGCUGAGAAUGGACUCUAAUGGGCUGAGUUAUUUCCCUUGGGGCAACAUCUCAGUUCUCGAGCAGCUGUGCCACCUGAACCUUAGCUCAAACAUGCUUUCUUUCUUGCCUAAUAUGCAUUUUGAGCUUCGUCUUGUAAGCCUGGACCUAAGUCACAAUCGACUAGUUGCAAUCCCAAAGGCUUUCCUAAGUCAGGCAAUAAACCUUAAAAACCUAAUGCUUAACCACAACCAGCUGAAGAUACUUGAUGUGCAGGCUCUUCCCAUGUCAUUCCACAAAGGUUAUACUUUCUGUCCUGCUGGGCCUCAUAAAAAUAAGUCCUCCUGCAAACUAGUGCUGCAUGCUAAUCCCUAUACUUGUAGUUGCGUUAUUUCUGGGUUUGCCAAAUUUCUCAGAGAAACUAGUUUGGAUAUCCCACACCUCACCACAGAGGUUCACUGUGGUUAUCCAGAGUCAUUGGCUGGUGUGAAUGUCCUCUCAAUAGAUCUUCACUCAUGCCAGGAGAUAUUUGGAAGUGUUGCUUUCCUCUGUACUUUAUGGUUGACAUUGGCAGCAACCAGCAUUCCUCUCCUGAAACAUCUUUAUGGAUGGGACCUGUGGUACUGCAUCCAGAUUAUUUGGACUGGACACAGAGGACACACUCCAGUUAAUGGUGGCAGCAUGACAGAUAACCAGUACGAUGCAUUUGUGGUCUUUGAUACAAGUAACAAGGCAGUCAGAGAUUGGAUCUACAAGGAGAUGGUUGUGAGAUUGGAGAACAGAGGGAGAUGGCGCUUUCAACUUUGCUUAGAGGAACGUGAUUGGUUGCCUGGUGUAUCAUGCAUAGAGAAUCUCCACAAGGCUGUUUACAACAGCAGAAAGACAGUGUUUGUAUUAACUAGCCCUAGUGGCAGUUCUCACGAAAGUGGGGUCGUCCGACAAGCCUUCCUCCUUGUUCAGCAACGGCUUCUCGAUGAGAAAGUGGAUGUUGCAGUUGUUGUUUUGCUGGACCUUCUCUUUCAAAAAUUCAAAUACCUUCAGAUGAGAAAACGGCUCUGCAAAAAAUCAGUUCUGUCCUGGCCCAAAAACCCACGAGUACAGCCACUGUUCUGGAAUAAUUUACGUGUUGCUCUCGUCUCUGACAAUGUUAGAGCCUACAACAAAAAUGUUACAGAAAGCUUCUUUUAAAAAGGGUGAAGUGUAAUGAGAAUGUUUUGUUUUAUGUAGUCCUGUUGUUUCAUGUUAUAGCUUAUUUGUUAGAAUGUAUGAUCGUAUAAUAGGCCCAGUGGAAGUAUUGAAAAUAUGCAAAGAUGAAAUAGAGAGAUCUUAACACCCUAUGGCAAACAGAAUGUAGAAACAGGAUAAAUUAAAAGUAUGGACUGUCAUAUCUAAAUAAGUACUUAUUCUUAUUAUAGAAAUGUAUUACAGAGAUUAAGCUUUUUAUUAAUGCCAUUUUCUUAAAAGCUUAUGUUCAUUCAUUGGUUAGCUGCCAUUGAGUUCCUUUUACAUGGCACUGCUAUAUAUGAUGUGAGACAAACUAGACAGUUUGUGUACCAACUGCAAGGUCAGUAAAUGAUUUGUGUGUGUGUGUGUGUGUGUGUGUGAGAGAGAGAGGAACUAAUGCACCUGUUGGACCACAUGCCACAUGUUCUUGUGAAUUUAAGCAUUUGUACAUUUUCAUGCAGUUACGUCAAAAAAUAUUGCCACAGUUUCUAGAGCUUAGAAACUUGUAAGAAUACUUCUAAGAAUAAAUUUUAAAACAUUAUUGUUUGCAGUUUUUUGUUGUUGUAAUGAUUUGUUCAGAUGUCAGUAUGGUUUGCAAUGUGUGGUUACAGAGCAUAUUAUCACUUAAAAUGCAUGGAAAUGAUCUAAACAUUGUGUGUUUAUUAUAACUUUUGUGAUGGACUUGUAUUGUGAGCUAGUUCAGCUAUGAUUUUGUCUAGUUCACACAUUGUGUAAAAACUCUUUUGUUAAUCUUAAAGGACACCCCAGUAAAUCUGAGCUAUUGGAGGGACACAUGUUUUGUUAUAAGCAGCUGCAGAAGGUCUGAUGAAAACCACUAUCUGACAUGAUUGUUCUGACAUCUUCAGUUCCAUUAAUUCUUACAUUUUCUUUUCAUUUCAUUUCAUUUUUUCCACAUUGUAAUUUAGUGUUGCGUUAAUUAAAAUAAAAAUGCAUUAGAAAUAUAGGCACAACUUUAUUGGUAUUUGAAUGAUAUAUUCUUGUCUUUAACAAUUGUGGUCACAUAGAUACAGUAUAAAGCAGUAUGUAACCUUUCACUGAAGUAUUUCUGUCACAGAUUUCUGUAAUUUACUCUAAUCAAUCAUGCCUAACAAUAAAAUGUUUAAUUGUGUAAAACA